GGAUUUGUGAAAACCGCUCAUGCCCUCUAUUUUGUCCCCAAUUACUACCACGGGCAGCCCAGACAGGAAAGAGGGGAAAGACCAGUGGCUCCGGGAGAGCAGGGCUGGACCUUGGGCCACAGCCCACCAGGCGACCCACCUGGGCCCCUGCUGGACAGGCGUAUCCCCAAGCUUCUCUUCCCUUUCUUGAGGAGGGGUUACCCGGAGGAGGGCACUGGUGCUAGCCCUAAGGGACCCCUGAGCAGGCCACAGUGGAGAGGAGGAGGGAACAGGUGGGACCCUUUACCUUGUGCCAUACUGUGGCACACUCCAGCCAAGUGACACUGAGAAAACAAUUUGGAAGGAAAGUGCUAGCUAGCACCUCAGCCUUUUUAUGCCAUCUGGUGGUGACAAGGAGGAAAUACAGGUGACCAAAAGGAAACUUGAGCAGCACCGAUUGCUUGUUGCCAUGCAUGUGUCUGUGUUUGGCCAACAGGUGGCCCUGCCCCAGAUCACCCAUUCUGCCCCAGUGCCCUUGAUCCUGCCUCUACUACUUCUCCCUGGCAGGCCUGGCUCCUCCCCCUCCAGGGUGCUGGCCUGUGUCUGAGUCACGUCAUAAGCCACAGUUCUGUUCAGGGCCCACAGUGGCUGGUGACAGGCUCAGGCUACAGAGCCCUGUUCUCCGGGCCCAAGCAGCCAGGCCUUCCCAGGAGAUCUGGACAGUUAAACACGACAGGUCCUUCCUGGGUUGCCUUCGAAGUCACAGGGACUUGCAUCAUUUCCGAUACCCAUGGCAAAAGAAGGGGCCACCCUCAAGGUCACCAGGGACCUGAAAGCUGCAGUCUCUGCCAUCCUCCAGGGCUAUGGUGAUGGGAAGGGGCCAGUAAUGGACACCAGUGCUGAGCUGCACAGACUCUGUGGCUGCCUUGAGCUUCUCCUGCAGUUUGAGCAGAAGGAACAGAAGAGCUUCCUGGGGCCUCAGAAGGAUUACUGGGACUUCCUCUGCACUGCUCUGCGGAGGCAACGAGGGGACUUGGAGCAGAUCCGCUUCAUCUCCUCGCAGGACAAGGUAGCUGUGGCCAAGCUGAAGACCUCCCUGGGCAAAGGCCGUGCCUUCCUCCGCUCCUGCCUGGCCCGAGGGCAGCUGGCCGAGUCCCUGCAGCUUUGCCUCCUGAGCCCAGAGCUCACCAGGGAAUGGUAUGGCCCCCGGAGCCCUCUGUUGUGCCUCGAACUCCAGGAAGACAUUCUGGACUCUCUCUAUGCUCUCAAUGGCGUGGCCUUCGACUUGGACCUGCAGAGGCAGGACCUGGAUGGGGCCUGGCCCAUGUUCUCAGAGUCUCACUGUAACAAUUCUAGCCAGACCCAGGGAAGAAGACCUAGAAAGACCAAAGAGUCUCCAAAGAAGCUCGCCAAGUCAGGAACUGAUGCUGAGUUGACAUCUCUGCAGAUCUCAGCAGCAUCCGGAGGCCCCAGAGGAGUCCAGCUGGAGGAGCCACGUACCAAUCAAGCUGGCUGCCUGCGAGAUACAACCAAAGACCAACUGGCUGGACUCUCCAGGCCCCAGCAACACAUGCAUCUUUCUUUCUUCUUGGAAAAGAAGACAGAAGAUUCCAGGAGCCUUGGUUCCCCCCGGAGCACUUGGGAACCAAAGGGGGAGCUUCAGCUAGACCAGGAAGACAGAGCCACAAGGAGUAGGAGAUUCUUGGAGAACUCAACAGCCAGCAGCCAGCAACAGCCAGAGAGAGCCAAAGAGGCCCAGAAGGAAAAGCCUGGAAUGGAGGCUGAAGACAGAAGGGUUCUGCCGGGUCCAGAGGUUCAGAGAACAGAGGGGGCUCAUGGAGAAGAGGCAGAGCAGGAUGAAGGCCAGGCUCCGCUGGCCUCCAGCCCCAGAGGAAUGAUGAAGGAAGCAACAUCAGGGAGCAGGCAAAGGUGGGAGGUGCCUAGCAUUCUGGGGGAGUCCUGGGUUCUCCAGGACCUGGGAACUAAGGAAGUUGCCAUCACAGAACAGCCACAAGAACAAACAGAAGUGACUGGUGUUGCCAGGAAAGAGGAGCAAGCAGAGGUUCCCCUGCAGGAAGUGGUCAAGAGCCUCAGACUUGGGCUCCGGAAGGCCGAGGAGCAGGCCCAGUGCCAAGAGCAGCUGGUGAGAGUGAGAGAUGGUGAACUGCAGGCACUUCAGGAACAGCUCCACAGGUGUGAAGAGGAGAGAGCCCAGCUGCAGGCAGAGCUGGGGCAGAAGCAACAGGAGGCCAAGAGGAGGGACGCCAUGUACAAGGAGGAGCUUGGAGGACAGCGGGACCUGAUCCAGGCCAUGAAGAGGAGGAUGCUGGAACUGAUUCAGGAGAAGGACCGCCAGUGGCAGAGGCUCCAGAAGCUCUCCUGCUUGGUCCCUAGCUGCUGCAUUGGCUGUAGCAAGGUCUUCAGCCGACUGUCCCGGAGGUACCCGUGCAGGCAUUGUGGAGGCCUGGUUUGCCACGCCUGCUCUGCUGAUUACAAGAAGAGAGGGCGCUGCUGCCCAUGCUGUGUCCAGGGAUGAGAAGCUCAGAUCACCUGACCAAGACCGCCCCCCACCACACCAGUCUACUCCCUUCCUCACUCUUCUCAGCCCUCUGUCUGUCCAGCCUUCCCUUCUAGAAGCUGCUGAGCAGCUUUUGCUGCUGCAAAAGCACUGCGGAGUGGGCGGAAGCAGCGGCUGGCAGUCAGCUGACAGUUCCAGCCCUGCAUCUCCCACCAAUGGAAGAGCCGGGUGGAUACACAUUAGGCUCUCAGGGCUUGGUCUCUAAUGUGAGGGAAAUGGGCUCCAGCCUCUCUAUGAAGUCCCUCAAGGCUCCGCAAAUCCGUGACCACGAAUCACCCUGGGCUCUGCCACUUCUCCACCCUCCCUUUUGGCCCAGCCGUGAUGCCCACUCCACACCCUUCACAGCAGCACAGCCUGCAUGUAUGCACUUCUUCAGCGGCUUCCCACGGAACCUGUUUCAGAGAUCCGUUUGAUUCAUUUUGUUCUGUUUUGCUUUGCUUUGCUUUUAACAGAUUUAUUGAGGCGCUACUGACAAUAAACAUUACAUAAAUGUGAUGGGUUUUGACUUUGAUACUGUGAAGUCUUCAUCCAGGUUCAGGCACUUCCUUCAGCAUAGUAAAUACGGCGGCAAGAAGGAGUUGGGGGCUCCCUGAGGAUUCCUUCGGCUUCUUUGUAAUCUCCCUGCCUCCAUGCCCAAGCCAUCACGGAGCCUGCUUCCUGUCACCAUAGAC